GGCAAUUGUGUUUUCGCCAGCGGCUCACCCUUUGGCAAGGUCACCGUAAACGUGGGUGGCUCCCAGAAGACCUUCCAGCCUGGUCAAUGCAACAAUUCCUACAUCUUCCCAGGAGUCGGUCUGGCCAUUACGGCUUGCAAGCUGCGACCGAUUGCUGAUGAGGCAUUCGCGGUUGCUGCUGAGGUGAGAAGUUUCCCCUUUCUAUCUCUCGCCUUUUUGUUUGUCAUUGCUAUUCCGCCAGAAAGCAUCGUUGACUUAACUGUGAGGGUGAUCACGCGAAGGCUCUUUUUCUUUAUGGAAACUGAAAGAAGCGAGGUCUUUAUGUCCUGUCUGCUAAAUGACCUGAUAUAUUUGGCUCCCUUCCACAUCCCUUUCUUCUCCCCCCCCUUUGCUCGUUUAACUCUCAGAGCGCUGCACUCAGAUUAG